GGCCACCCGUCGUUUGCCGAAGGUCGUCGAUAUGUAACAAUAUUAAAAUCCUUUAACGUGACGUGUGUUUUCUUAUUACAGGGCAACAAAAAGUAGAUGUAUUGGAAGGAGCUCUUCGUAAGCUGAACCUACAGAACGGUGGAUAGAACUAUUUUGUAGUAAAAUUUCCCUUUUUGUACCCGAACCGCGUCUUUUAAUUUUCAAAAUAUAUCUGUUGUGCUAGUAUGUCGCGUUCUUGCUCCAGAAGCAAUUACUGGUCCUGAUUGUUGUGUUGUUGGUUCAGAUCCCUUCCGCUUCCAAGUAAACGCUAAUAAUACAUGCUAGAGAACAUGGUUGAGAAUACUGAGGAUUUGAAGAGAUCACUAACGGAUUCGGUUAAUGAUUUAGGGUACAUUUUGUCUGAUCGUUUACGACAUGUAGAUGGCGAUUUCGAUUUUGAUAUGUCUGUUACUGCAACAUAUGACCUCGACACUCGACUCAUGCUGAUGCUUGACAAGAGUAUGAUGCCUGAGUCUAAUCUAGAAGAUUCCAUACCUGUUGAGAAUGACUGGGUGAAGUUUGCCGCAACGGCCUCUGCAUAUGUCUACAGAAAUGUUGGUGAAUCGGUUUCCAAACCUCUUCGAAGAUGGCUGGCGAAUGCUGCCAGUGCUGCGAUUCUCGCUGGUCUACUUGCAGAACUGCCCGAGUCGUCGGAUUCAGAUGGAAAAAAUACUUCUGAUGAAGAGACACCUGUCGAAAAUGUCUCCACACCUGACGGAGUAGUGGAGCAUCGUCAAGACGGUGCCUGGUACUAUGGCCGUUGGACCGUUGACAAUUUUGCCAACAGUUAUGAAAUGAUGGAUGUGAUCGAUGCUGAAAUGACAGAUGCAUGUAUUCGAGUGAUGAUUGCUGCUGUUGUUAAUUAUUUCCAGGAGAACAGAUUUGCUCCGUGUGGUUUGUUGAGAGACAGUUAUGCAAGUGCGAUACUGAGAAGUGAUCUAAUGGAUAGGUAUGGGUUGACAGACGAACAUGAUAAAAUUGAAGCGAUGCGUAUUACUGGUUAUUGGGUCUCGAAACUGUAUGUGUUCCACAUGGCGACGAAGCAUCGUGAUUUAGAGCACCCAAUCAGACCUAUAAAUAAUGUUGGUUUGGUGCGUCCUCUGAAACUAGAUAUCAGUCAGUGUUUCGAGGACUUGACAGCUAGAUUUAUCCGUACACGAAUCGCACAUCAGAUUGCCAGUCGAAUGGUGCGAUCUGUGUGUAUAGUGUUUUUUGAAGAUUUGAAUGAAUUGAUUGAGUUGCGGAAGCUGUACCGUCGAAUAUCCAGUGAUCCAUUUUAUUACCACACUGACUGUGAAUAUUUGACGAAAUCAUCUCGACCGUCAGUCAGUGACAAGAUGAGUAGUAUAUUUGGUCGAUUGGUCACCUAUUUGAGUGUUUUUGAGCCGAAUAGUGAACUGUUUGAUUAUCCGCAGUUGAAGAUGAAUGGUAGAACUCGAGAACAACACUAUGUUGAUUACAGUAAGAAUUGGAAGAAGAUACUGGAGACGAUUUAUACAGAGUUGUAUAUGCCAAGUGGAAGUCCUUUAUUGGAUGUACUUAGAAGUAGAUGCAAAAUCUCAGCAAAGAUUCCACAAAAUGAAAAACUUUUGAGAGAAUGUUGGAAUAAAUAUGGUGUCGAUUCGAAUAUUUUGAAAUAUAUUUUCCGAUACUCACUUAAUCGUUAG